UACCACGUUUGUGUGUUCAGCCCAGCUGUUGUUUGGGGGUGUGUAUCACAUACGUUCUUUCAUUGGGGCUUUGGCUUUAUGACCUGAUUCAUGACCUUUCGUUGCCCUGUGUAAGAGGUCGCAGAUAGGCCGAGGCGUGGGGUGUGUCAAGUGUCAAAGGUUAUUGCUUGUUGACUGUUUCGUGUGUUCCAACGAACUCAUCUUCAACAACUAUGGAUGUUGUCGUCGUUGGCAGUUGCAACAUUGAUUUGAUAAGCUAUGCGACUCAUUUGCCAAAGGAAGGAGAAACCAUUACUGGUACCAAAUUUUCCACUGGUUUUGGUGGGAAAGGAGCAAACCAAUGUGUGACAGCUGGAAAACUUGGGGCCAAAGUGGCCAUGGUCAGCAAAGUUGGCAAUGAUGCAUUUGGCCAGGACUACUUGAAAAAUUUGCAAGACUGUAAUGUCAAUUGUGGACAAGUAAAAGUCGUUGAUGAUGUAUCUACAGGAGUUGCAGCAAUUACUGUAGCUGACAAUGGAUCCAACUGCAUAAUCAUCGUACCUGGUGCUAAUGAUCUACUUACUGUAUCUGAUGUUGAAGCUGCUGAAGACCUGAUCAAGUCUUCCAAAGUACUUGUCUGUCAGAAUGAAAUCCCCUCUGUGAUAUCACUUGCUGCUAUGAAAUCUGCAUCAAACCACAAAGUCAAAGUUAUCUACAAUCCUGCUCCGGCACAGAAAGAUUUUAACCCAGAGCUGUUCAGCCUGCCUGACUUUUUUUGUCCCAAUGAAACUGAGGCUGAACUGUUGACGGGCUGCCCUGUAGAAAGUAUCGAUGAUGCCAUGAAGGCUUGCAGGGACCUAACUGAGAAUCAUGGUUGUAAUUCUGUGAUCAUCACCAUGGGUAAGAACGGGGCUGUGUAUCAACAGCGGAGAGGAGUAGAUCCUCUGCAUAUUCCUGUUGAUGCUGUUGCAGCUGUUGAUACAACGGGUGCUGGAGAUUCAUUCAUUGGGUCUCUUGCUUAUUUCCUGGCAACAAGACCAGAGCUUCCUGUACCAGAGAUGAUCAAGCGGGCAAGUUUCAUCGCUUCCGUCAGUGUGACAAAGCCUGGCACACAAAUCAGCUAUCCCAGGGCAGAUGAGCUGCCUGCUCAUAUAUUUUCUUAACAUAAUAAAUGUGUCACGACGCUGUGGAAUCAAGCGCUCAUCAAUUUUUUGGCAUGUGAAGUUAUUGGUAUUAUCCUAAAGUUCGUUCAUUUGUCUAUCUUUCGGUAAAAAAAUACCCAUCUGUCUUGAA